AUGAAGAGGAUAUCAGACGGUUUAUUCAAAAACCGCGCCAGAAAGCCAAGGAGAAAAGACAGGACGCCUGCAGGCGAUGGUGAUGACGAAGACGUAGUGCAGGGUGAAGAUUACGAACGAAGCAUUGCUGACGAUGAUCUAUCUUCAACGUACUCGCUGAAUUCAUCAGAUGGUCCUCUCGGGAAACCGAAAAGUAGAAAGAAACAAUUAUCCGCUGGCUUAUUCAAGAAGAAACGAACAAGAAAGAAUCGAAGAAGAGAUGAAACAGCGGUAGAUGAAGACUUUGAGGAUCCAGAAAAGAUCUAUGACGAAGAUGACGUCUCAGAUAGCUCCUAUGCUUCUGCUCCCAUGAGGCGUCCUGUGGCAAAGAGAGCGUUAAAUCAAGAAAUGGACGAUUCCUAUCAUGCUGAUGAAGCGAAUACAAGAUGGAGUGUUCAAGCUGAUAAACAAAUCACCAAAGCGUACAAAGCAUCAGGUGGUGCUGGUAUGGUUGGCGACAUCGAUGAAGGCGACGAUAGUGACUUGUAUACAAGCGAUGAAGAAGAGAAUGAUGAUGGGGGAGUGGUGCCGGAGGGCUCAGAAAGGACUACACAAGAUGAAACUAUUCCAAUUGAAGCUCCUCAGAAAAAGGACGAGAUCCUGCAUGGUUCUGAAAGUCCUACUACCGUGCCCGCAAGCCCCGCACCGAGUAUCGGCGACGGGGGCAAACCGAAAUCCAAAAAGAAAAAGGUAAAAGGUGGGGCGCUCGACGACCACCUUGGAAAAACAAAGAAAAAGAAGAAGAGUGGCACUUCUGGAUCGGUCAGCAGCAAGAAAUCAACGAAAUCGACCAAAUCCAUCAAGUCCCCCAAAUCGAAAAAAGCAAAGGCGAAGGACAAAAAGACAUUGGAUACAAUAGAGUCACAAGGAGAGUUUGAAUCCUUUGCCGAGAUUGACAAGCAGAGCAAGACGAAAUCCAAGAAGCCAAAGUCCAUUAAAAAGUCCAAGUCAAAGAAGAAAGUUACCAUAUCUGGAGACGAUGAAAUCCCCGUUGGAGAGUCUCCGGAUAAAAAGAAGCCGUCCUCCUCGAUAUUCAUCGCUUCCAAUUUGCUCAAAGAAAAGAUUCGAAACUCUCUGCAAUCUCUGACGGACAAUCUCGACGGCUCCCAACGGUCAAGCGAUAGCAACCACGGCAAACCUUCUUCGUCUUCUCGACUCCCUUCCUUCACUUUUUCUUCCCCGAACAUGAUGAGAACCUCACGCAAAACUCCGAUGGCUCCCAUCAGUCCUAGCAUUCCCGAAAACGAGCCAUCUGAAAGCAAUCACGACCCUGAAGUAUUCAGCUCAUGUCGACAGAACCCAGAAGAAAUUGACGGAAAGAAAAUCAAGGCGGAGGCUGCCUCAAAAAUCCGAGCCUUUGCCAUGGUGCUGGGCAAAAUCAAUGACCAAAAAGAUUUCCUGGCUGCCUUUAAUGGCAGUGAAUCAGAUGAUGACAAAGACGACAAGAAUAAACCAAAGAUGUCCAAAGAGGAAAAGAAGCAAGAGGGCAAGAGGUUCAGCACUUUGCUCGCGGAACUACACAAGUACGAAACUAUGUUGGAAAAGGAACGGAAUGUAUGGUCGCAAGAAAGGUAUGAGUUGAAAAUGAAGCAAGAGUCGGUAGAACAAUUGCUCAACGAAGAAGCCGAGAAAAAUGUUGAGCUCCAAUCCCAACUUGAAUCUCUCCAAGACCAGUUGGCCAAUGGUGGGGAAGCAGCUCAAGUGGAAGAUUUGAAAGCGAAGAAUCUGAUGCUUGAAGCGGAGAAUGAUCUGCUACAACAAAAGAACGAACGAAAUCAAGAAACCAUUGCCUCGUUAGUGAAGGAAGCAGAGUCAGACCUCAAGCGCCAAGUAUCCGUCGGUGUGCUUGGCGAAGGUGGGUCCAUGGAAUUAAUGGAAGAUGAUGCAAGUGACGACUGGGAGUCAGGCAAUCAAAGCGGAUUCAUGUCCAUGGCUUCUUUGGGUGGCAAAGCCCAAGGAGAACUCUUGCAGCUAAGAUCAAAUUUAAGUCGCAAGGACGAGGCGCUUGAGCAACAAGCCAGAGAAAUGGCCAAGCUCGAGCAAGAACUCGAAACGCUGCGAGAAAAACGGCAUGUUUCGGAUUUGACUCACUACGUCCAGAACCUGGAGACUGAAAAGAAGUUUUUCGUAUCGGAAAUCGAAAAAUUGAAAAAAGAAUUGGCUAGUUCACGACAACGAGAACACCAAGCUGCUACCAACGCAGCGGCUAUCGCCAACAAAUCAUCUCCUGAAAGCAACGCGGGGGGUUGGUUCAGUUUUGGGGGUGGAAAAGAUGAGAAGAAAGACGAAAAGUCGAACAAUAUAGGCCCAUUGACUUUAUCGGAACUAUCACCCAAAAUGGCGGGGGAGAAACCAUCGAGGACUGUCUCGGAAGUACUGGACGAUGACAAACCAAGGCGUCUUUCAGACCUUCUCGAUUUUUAG